AUGGAUCUCAUCAACACAAACGUCAAACUAAGCUUAGACGUCGUCCACUGCUACGACGAAGGCGACGGCCCAGGUGACGCGGAGCCCUACCUCUGGACUGUCUUCUUCAAAGUCGACGGCGACUCCGUGACCUUCAACACCGACACCUUGCGCCUGGAAACACGGCUGGGCCGCCCUUUCAAUAUCACAAUCCCGCCAAGAGCCACAGUCAAGGCCACGAGCGGCUCGCAAGGCAACCUCAACAACACUGACGUGAGCGACGGUGAAAGUGUUUUUAUUCCAGCUUCUAUUGGCCAGUACAACACUAUCCUGAAGCCGAUACCCUUCUCGAAACCGCUGCUCGGCAUGACGCAGACCGGUGGCAUGAUCGGCUGCAUCGCCAUCCUGAUGGAAGAAGACAACACCCCCAACCAGGCGAUUCUCGCAGGCUACGAGGCUCUGCGCACGAACGUCGCGACCAAGCUGUCGGAGCUACUGCGCCAAGUCACCAUCACGAGUCCGGAUAUCUCGGAAGACGCCAUCAACGGCAUCUCAGCCCAGAUUGGGAACGCCGUCAGAGCGGCCAUCAAGGACCAGGUGAACGCAUUCGAGUUCAUCUUUGGGUUUGGAGACAUGGAUGAGCAGAUUGGAAGCAAGGUCUUCCGUUUCACGCACAGGGAGUUGCAGGCUGCGAAUCCGUUCAGCCAGCGCUUUAAGGAGAGAUGGGAUAAUGAGGGGAGCUGGGAGAUCUAUGGACAUGUCUUUGCUUUCAGGACGUAA